AUGAAAAUAAAAUAAAAAUUUCUCAAGAUGGUUACGCUUUUAGAGCGAAUAUAGUUGAUCAUCAUGGGCUCAGAGUUGAAAAAGAUGAGAAGCUAGCCGUUGUUAUAAGAAUAAAGUUAGGAUUAAAAAGAACAUUCUCUUUUUACAUAACACUUGCCAAAAAAUGA